AUGGUAACUCACAAGGUUCGGACAGGCCUCGGAAUGCAAGAACUGCCUGUGGAAGGUUCGGACAAGUGCGCGCGGCCUUCAAAAGGUCAAGGGAGGUCGAGGAAUGGUAUGGGAUCUAAGAUUGGAGGUGCACCAUUUUUUUUUACCAAAGACACAAUGUCAGGGCAGCACAUAUGUGCACCCUGUGUGGACAUACAGAAAGAAGAUUCAUCACACAAUAUUGCCAAAUACAGCUCAUCGACUACCACGGGCACUCUUCGCGGUCAUCUGUGCAAAAUUCACUUGCGUGUUUAUAUAACUGCACUUGAGCAACACAAUCUAAAAGUUGAGGCAAAAGAAGUUCGAGAUCUUCUUGAUAUAGGGUGGACUCUUGCACAGAUAGGUCAAGAGCUUGACCAGAACCCAGAUAAGCUUCUUGAGUUGUUCAGUUCCCCCCCCUGGUGGACAGGGGUGUCGGCACUUGCAGAUGAGAUACUGGAUUAUACCAUUGAGGAGAUGCAUAGGCAAGUCGUCAAAUUCAUUGUGGUCGAUGACCAGAAUGCCCUGAGUUCUGUUGCUUACUUCUACUUCUGCGGAAAGAUCUACGGGAGUGCAACAUUCCUCAUCAGACGAAGCUACAUGAGUUAA